AUGUCUUGCCAGAUAUCACAAUUCUAUUCCAUUACUUUACCCGCCACAUAUUUUCUCCUCUACGCUGUGUUUAGGCCUAUUUCCUCGCGAGGUGGACACCGAAGCACCGGAGCUCACCAGAUGACCGCCUCCCCGUCGCAUGUAAGCCUGACGAGUCGAACUACCCCCAGGAUACCCGAAGCUGCUGGCCCUGACGUUAGUCUUUCACUGGCCUCCUCGUCCGCCUCCGGCACCCUGACAGCCUCAGCAUGGGGCCAGGGAGAGUCUAGUCUCGCGGGUGCAACUAUGGCGACGCCGGAAGCCGAUCUACAUGCUCGAAUGGAGCAGUAUGUAAGUCGGCUGGCUGAAAUGGAGCAGCAAGUGCAGUCUCAACUGCCCUCACGAUCCCAGCAACUACACCAACCAUUGGAUCUGGCCAACACCGUGGGACCGCUGAUCCCGAGGCCCAUUUCAACGCUCUCCUCGCGCAAUGAUGCCGGCUUCGCCUACUCUGGCCUCAAAUCAGGCACCAUGGAAAGCCAGGUACGACCUUUGGUGCAUUGCAGGCCCUAA